AUGCCGAUCGCGAAUCCCGACUCGCUGAAGAAGAAGAAGAAGAAGGAUGAACUCAGCGGCUCAAUCGAGAGAAGGAAGAAAAAGAAGGGCUCCAGGGAUAUGUCAAGGGAACCUCAGCGCAAAGAGGGCGGCGAAAAACUGGUGAAGAAGAAGGAAAACGAGAAGGCCCAAGUCGAGUACAACGACGCGAUGAAGGACUUUGUGCAGAAGACGUGCGCCGGCGGAUUCGCCGGGCUAUCGGCGACCUGGAACGAGCUGAAGGCGUACACGACCCCGAAUGCCACGACGACAGCCUUCACAGCCCACGGCGACAAGAAUCGAUACAAAGACAUCCCGUGCAUCGAUGCCACUCGAGUCAAGUUGAAUGUCGAAGUCGAGGGAGAAGACGAUUACAUUCACGCGAAUUGGUGCAAGCUCGAGGGCCGCGAGACGUUCAUCGCCACCCAGGGCCCGCUCGACAACACGAUCGUCGACUUUUGGCGCAUGUGCUGGGACCACGAAGUGGUGAACAUUGUUCAGUUGUGCCGCGUCGUUGAGGACGGCAAGAACAAGUGCGCAGCCUAUUGGCCCGAGCAGCCGGGCGGCUACCAGAACCACGGCCGCUUCUUUGUCAACAACAAAAAGAAGGACGCGAACGCGGACAACAAGUGCAACCAGUUGAUCAUCGAGUUGUUGCCGGACGGGUGCUCGAAUAGUCGCAUCAUUCGGAUGAUCCAGAUGCCGGAAUGGCCGGAUCACGGCGUACCGAAUAACACGAAGAAGUCGUUGCGCAUCAUCCGGGCUCUGGAGAAGGACGGCGACGCCUUGAACCCGGGCAACACGGUGCUGCACUGCUCGGCUGGAGCGGGGCGCACCGGGGCCAUCAUGCUCGUCCACUGGAUCAAGUCGGCGCUCUUUGCCAACCAGAAAGUCGAUGCGACCGACGUGUUCAAGAAGCUGCGCGACCAGCGUGCAUGCUCCGUGCAGACUGAGCAACAGUGGCUGUACGUGUUCGCCGUCGUCAUGGACUACAUCCGGAUUAAAGCCAAAGACGUGGCGGCCGACGACGCAAAGCUGAUGCAAAAGUUCCUAGAAGAGGGUGAGAAGUCCCUCGGCAUGGCCAUCAUCAGCAAGGCCAAAGACAAGGACAACGCCGGA